CUUGCAUGUCCUCGACUUAUUACUUGAGUCAACCUCGACUUCGUGGCUUGGGUUUCUUUUUCUUCUCAUCUCGCAACCUCUCGCUGUCUUGCCUUUCGCAUCAUCCUGUCUUCCCAUUCACUUUCGCCUUCGCCAGCUAUCCUUUCUUCCGCUAUGUCGCUCAAGCGAAAGGCCCUCGAAGACGUCAGUGCUCGGUCCUCCAAACGCUCUACACCUGCUCCUGCAACUCCUGUCAGUCUAGAGAGUGAUGAGGACUACGCAGGGUCUGAUGUAAGAUCUCAAGAUGAUGCAAGCGACAGCGAGAAGGAACACAUUCGAAAGGCGAGGGCGAGGCUAGACUUCAGCUCUUUUCAAACGCCACAUAAAAGGAAACAAGCACAGUCCAUAUUUGGCGAGAAAGAUUUCUCGUGGCUGUCCCUAAAGAUGGACCAUGAGAACCGGCCUCUGUGGAUUGACCCCAGUGUGUCCUACGGUUCGAAGAAGGGACCAAAGAUUACUCUAGAGGCCUUCUCUCCACUGGCCGCUCAAGCAACGGAUCUCCUAACGACCAUUGCUGAACCGCAAUCCAGGCCUUCCUAUCUCCACGAGUACAGAUUUACAGAACAUAGUCUGUACGCGGCACUGUCGGUAGGUCUACGCGGUGAAGACAUCAUACGUGCGCUGGAAAAACUUUCCAAAACUCCUGUACCCCAGUCGGUGAUCGAAUUCAUUGAUAAGCACACAAAGACCUACGGCAAAGUGCGCCUCGUACUACGCAAUAACAAGUUCUACGUUGAAUCCGACGAACGACCCAUCAUUGAUAUGCUACUGAGAGAUCCAGUCAUCGGGCCUUGCAAAGCUGCAGGCACUGAUGUGCAAAUGGGCAGAAUCCAAACCAAAGCAACAGUCAUUCAGGGAACUAGCAACGCCAAGGGCAUGAAACAGGCCGAUCAAAGCAAUGUGGAAAUACCUCGUGACGAUCCUCUGAAAGAAAAUGAGGCCAUGAUAGCUGCACUACGAGAUGAGGAAGAUGAGGAAGACACUUACAAGGAAGCCCCUAACUUCGAAAUCGCACCAAACAAGCGUGAUGUAGUAGCUAAACAGUGCCUGGAUAUUGGCUAUCCAGCUAUAUCAGAAUAUGAUUUCGCCGGCGACUUUGAAAAUCCCACUCUGCCUAUUGAUCUGAGACCGUCGACGCAAAUUCGGCCAUAUCAAGAGAAGGCAUUAAGUAAAAUGUUUGGAAAUGGACGUGGCAAAAGUGGUAUCAUCGUCCUUCCCUGUGGUGCUGGCAAAACUCUGGUCGGGAUCACUGCCGGAUGUCACAUCAAGAAAAGCAUCAUUGUACUAUGCACCAGCGCCAUGUCCAGUUAUCAAUGGGCCAACGAAUUCAAAAAGUGGUCCGAUGUUAAAGAAGAAGAUAUAGCUGUCUUCUCCGCCUCCGAAAAGAGGCGCUUCAAUGGUGAAUCUGGUGUGCUGGUUACAACUUAUUCCAUGAUCACAGCUGGUGGCAAGCGAGCCUACGAUACCCAGCAAAUGAUGGAUUGGGUAUACGGCAAAGAAUGGGGUCUGAUGAUUCUCGACGAAGUACACGUUGUGCCUGCGAAGAUGUUCCGCAAAGUUGGUGAGAACGUUCGUGCCCACUGCAAACUUGGAUUGACAGCAACUUUGCUCCGAGAAGACGAUAAAAUCACAGAUCUGAAUUUCAUCAUUGGACCCAAACUCUAUGAAGCAAACUGGAUGGAGUUGGCAGACCAAGGUCAUAUUGCCAAAGUGCAAUGCGCUGAAGUCUGGUGCCCUAUGUCCAUGGAAUUCUACCAAGAAUAUCAAAAAGAAACAACCCGGAAGCAAGCGUUAUAUUACAUUAUGAACCCAGUCAAAUACCAAGUGUGCCAAUAUCUGAUCGACUAUCAUGAAAAGCGAGGCGACAAAAUCAUUGUCUUUAGCGACAAUCUGUUUGCAUUGAAACACUAUGCCAUCUCGAUGAAAAACCCCUUCAUUUAUGGCGACACGAGCAACCAGGAACGAAUCAACAUUCUUGAAAAUUUCCAGCACAAUGAGCUUAUCAACACUAUUUUUCUGUCCAAAAUCGGCGACACAUCACUUGAUUUGCCUGAAGCUACGUGCCUCAUUCAGAUCUCCUCACACUAUGGCUCACGACGUCAAGAGGCGCAACGUCUUGGGCGUAUCCUACGGGCCAAGCGACGUAAUGACGAAGGUUUCAAUGCGUUCUUCUACUCUCUGGUCUCGAAGGACACCACGGAAAUGGCUUACAGUGCUAAGCGGCAAGCUUUCCUUGUUGAUCAAGGCUACGCAUUCAAGACCAUUACCCAUCUCGCUGGAAUGAGUGAGAUGCCUGGGCUUGCAUACACAACAUCUCGCGAGCGAAAUGAACUGCUUGCCCAUGUUAUGCUUCAACAAGAGUCAGAGGCGGACGUCGAAAAAGUCGAGGACAACAUGUGGAGUCAUCUUAGCGCCGGUAACCGCUCAGCUGCCGCGAAGAAACUUCAAGUCAGGAGACAAGCCGUCUCUAUGGCCGAUGCCAGUGGCGGUGGUACCAUGGCUCCAAUGUAUCGGGAACAGGAGCGGAAAAACAAGAAGAAUCAAGGCCCGGAGAGUGAGUGGUUCAGAAAGGAAGCACGGCGUAGAGAACUGGCCGCGAAGAAGAGGAGGAAGGAGAAAAUGGAGGCAGAGAAAGGUGGUACUUAGAUAUUGUUCAUGAAUAUACUUAUGCCACAUUUCUAAUUGAUCCCAUCAAUCACUUUCACACUCUUCU